AUGUCGGCUGUUCCUGCGGCUGCCCCGGCACUUGUCAAUCCCUCGCCACCAGAGUUCACCAACCUCAACAAGCCUGGCCGGAAAACAAACCAACUACAGUACAUGCAGAACGUUGUGGUGAAGACUCUAUGGAAGCAUCAGUUUGCGUGGCCCUUUUACACACCUGUGGAUGCCAUCAAAUUAUGUCUUGCCGUAAGUCCAGUCCACACUCAGUAGUUUUCUCUCUGUUAUUGGUAGUCAGUAAUUCGUUCUAAAAGCAGAGCCUUAAAGCUAGAAUCCUUCAUUGAAACAAUAACAAAGUGGGGACCCCGCCUCUGUUUUUAUUAAAAUCUGAGGGAUGGACCUGGAGAAACGUAACCACUCUCAAAUCCAUAGACUGAGCUAUGGAUUCAAGGACUGACCAUCCAUGAUAUCAAAUGCAUAGUUUUAACCAUGUUUUGAGGCUACAAUGUUUGUUUACAUUUAUGUUUAACAAACAUUGGAGUAAAAUAAGCUUAUAUAUUGGGUUCUGAUGGGGUAUGACAGUUGAAAUAAGCUCAUGAGACAUUUAUAAGUUAUAUUGUCCAAUAAUCAAUGAGGUAUAUGUCAUUAGUCAUUAAUUACGUCUAAAAUUGAUCUAGCAACUAAGGAUUAUAGCUUUAACAAUAUUUGGCUCUGGGUAGAAGUAGGCUGUUGCAUUUUAAUAUAAACACUGUGUGGAUGUGUGUACAUUUAGGUGUGGUUCCUAACUAACCCUAACCCCUCAUUGAACAAUCAUAAUCUUAAAAUGUUUUCUUUAUUUCCUGGCUGUUAUUUUAUUGCUCAUUCAUAGUGAAUGCUACUUUCCUCUUGAUGCUGUCAUACAGGACUAUCAUAAAGUUAUCAAGAGCCCAAUGGACAUGGGAACAAUAAAGAAGAGGCUAGAGAAUAACUACUACUGGAGCGCCAGCGAGUGCAUGCAGGACUUCAAUACCAUGUUUACCAACUGUUAUAUCUACAACAAGGUAAAUUCUCCAUUGCCAUUCAUAAAAAUCUAGAUGCGAAAAACAAUAAGGUCUGCACUCAACAAGUAGUUCAAAGAGCUUACUUUAGCUGUUUUUUCACUGGAUCUCAUACAGAUGGUUACACACAGAUGGAUGUAUUUACACUUCCUCUACUCUUGUCUAGAGGUGCCCCAUCACCUCUGUAGGCAUUGUUGAUAGCUGUGAUGAGUUUGAUCAAGCGAACCAUCUGACCAUGUUCACCUUCAUCUUGACCCAUAACUCAUCCUUUCUUGUGUUCCCACAGCCUACAGAUGACAUUGUUCUGAUGGCCCAAGCUCUAGAGAAGAUAUUCUUACAGAAAGUGGCCCAAAUGCCUCAGGAGGAGGUGGAGCUGCUACCACCGGCCCCCAAAGUCAAAGCAGCCCGCAAACCAGGAGCGCCCGUUAGUGCAGGUAAGUCCAGCCUUUCACAGUUGGGAGGGACUCAUGCACUGAGGAAAUGUCUGUCAUUUACAAAUUUUUGCUUCCCUCAUCUUUCUUACAGAGAGCCAAGCACAGGGUGAGUCGACGGAUUCACCCCCAUCUUCUUACCCCAGCUCCCCUCCACUGCUGUCUCAGACUCCUGUCAUAGCAGCCACGCCAGUGCCAACCGUUACAUCUGUUACCCCUGUCCAAGCUGUGCCUACCACUGCCUCCAUGAUGGCUGUGGUUCCCACGGCACAGCCAGUCAUCAAAGUAAGUCCAGAGAGACAGGCCGCUCUAGGGGUUCUUUUUAUUUAGUUCUACAGUCUAACGGGGGAUUCUUGUGGGGAGCGUAUUUUACAAUUCUACUCCUCAAAAUGUUGUCUAAGGAUAUAAUCUAUUAGAAAUCUGAGAAAAAUGUUAAAAUACCAUAUCUUGGUAAAAAGAAACAGGCCACUGAUAUAUUUGCACUUGGCCAUUGUCAUUUCCACAGAAAAAGGGGGUCAAGCGGAAAGCAGACACAACAACUCCCACCACCUCAGCAAUCUCGGCCAGUAGAAGUGACUCCCCUACCCAGCUCCUGGAAUCCAAACAGGAGACUGUCUCGUCCAGGCGGGAGAGCACAGUGCGGUUCGUCAAGCCCCCCAAGAAGGACACAGAGGAUGGAGAGGCGCCUCUGCUCGGUGGCAAGAAAGGCAAGCUCGGCGAGCAGCUGAAGCACUGCGACGUCAUCCUGAAGGAGAUGCUGUCCAAGAAGUAUGCGGCCUACGCUUGGCCUUUCUACAAGCCUGUAGACGCAGAAGCGCUUGAACUGCAUGACUACCAUGAGAUAAUCAAGCACCCCAUGGACCUGAGCACUGUCAAAGUAGGUUACCUAUUCACUCCCUUCGACUCACUCCUAACUCUUCUAAAUUACCCUCCAAGCAUGGCUGUUUACUUGGUGGAGAGAGUGUUUUUAUUUGGUGGUUAAGAAUAGUUCAAAUGGAACUAUCCCUCAACAACAGUCGACACCAUCACUGCUAAGGGGAGGACAGUUACAUGUUUUGCUAAUAUAUUUGUUUAGCGAUUUAUAGUGAUAGCUAUCUCAGUAAUAAGGCUCUGACUGUUUGCUCUGUAUCCACAGAAGAAAAUGGACAGUCGAGAUUACCAAGAUGCCCAAAGCUUUGCGACAGACGUCCGGUUAAUGUUCUCAAAUUGCUACAAGUACAACCCCCCCGACCACGAGGUUGUAGCCAUGGCCAGGAAGCUCCAGGUAGGAUAAGAUUAAUCAGAUAUCCACAUCACCUCAUUGGAGGGCUGUCGGUUGAACUGCCCCUUGUCUUCUUGUGUUUCUCAGGAUGUGUUUGAGAUGCGAUUUGCCAAGAUGCCAGACGAGCCCAUUGAAGCCAUCCAGCCCUCCACCACGCCGGUGGUAAGCAAGAGUACAGAGAGCAGUGAGAGCAGCGGCAACACCUCCAGUUCGGAGAGCUCCGACUCAGAGGAUGAGCGGGCCACGCGGCUCGCCGAACUGCAGGAACAGGUGGGUUCGGAACAGGUGGGUUCUCACAACCAAGGACCAAGAUCCAAAACCCAUGGAUGGAUGAACAGGGAGAUGCCCCCCCUUCAUCCCCCACUUCAGAUUUUAGACCGCUACCACUUCAAAAUCAAAGCCGCUCCACGAUGUUCAGAGAUGAUUUUCAGCCAGCCAUCCAGAGUAAAAGUGACAUAGUUAGCCCUCUACCGCCACAAAUGCUGCUAUAAACUGUUAGAAUAACUUGGUAUUAUGGCUUGCAUGCUGAAAAUGUAGAGCUCACAUUUAGAGCAAUGUUUUACAUUUCAUUCAUACCAAUGGUGACAGUAUUUAGCUGUAAUGAAUAGUUUGUUGUGCUGCUAGGAUGUUAACAUGAUCUUUGGAGUUUUCUAUCUUUGUCCCCUGAUUUCCCCUUUGGCUUUCUUACCAGCAAAUCACUGUGGAGCACCCCAAUGGUAACAGGGCGGGGGGAAAAAACGGGUGUGCCAAACGUUUUCAGGUGAUUUAUCUCUUACUUCCCCGUCCCCACAAAAACAAUUUUAUUUUAUUUUUUGUAUUACACCUUGUUGAAAGAGCGGUAGAGGGUUACAGGUGGGGAUCAGAACUCUUAAACAGGUUGUAAGUGUGCUAGAGGGCUUUCCUCAGUAGUCAGCUUGCUCUUUGACAUGUAGACCUGGAUAGUCCUUUCUAAGGUUUUUUGUAAGAUGCAGGUAGUUACUUUUUCUCCCAUUGUCACAUUAUUUUAGUGGUUUAAAAAUGGGUGGUGGUGACAGUGUUUGCUGGUGACGGUAGUGUUAAGUGUUUUUUUGAUGAUUCUGGCAAUGAUUUCAAAUGCUUUUGUUGCAUUUAAGGUUCAGCACAAAAACAUUGGUCUUUAACAGUUAUUCAACUUGAAAAAAGGAGGAAAUACUGAAGACAAGGAAGUGUCAGUGUGAGAGCACUUUGGGAGUCAGCGUUUGCUUAUUGUUUUAAAGUGUUCGGUAGAUAGCUACAGUACAGGCUGGUGGCCCGGUGUGCUUCUCUGCCAGCUUUUUUCCAGAGGCCAAUGGGAAAUUAUUUAACGAGACGCCGCAUUUGCAUGCCAGUAUAGUACUGUCAAUGACUGAUCAAUCUAUUUACACGCACACUCUUGAUUGUUUCCUCUAUGAAUAUUCUGAGCUUUCAUUUGAGAAUAUAUGUAGAAACAUGAGUACUGUAUAGUUAAUUAAUUAAAUACAAUACAUGAAUAAGAGAACUUGAGGAUGAUUUAAGAUGCAGCAACCCUUAAAAGCGAAGUAAAUCAAGCAAAUGCAUGUAUUGACUAGAAAAUGAGACUGCUUCAAAGUCGAUGGAAAAUAAAACGUUCCUCCCAGGGCAAAUAUAUAACUAGUAUAACUGUCAUAAUUGUGACAUAAUGGUCCAAGACACAAUGGUGCAGAUGUUCUGCAACAGGUUACACAUGCCUACAUUCCACAAUAGCUAACUCGAUGCCUGUAUUUUGCCAUCACUUCCAGUAUCUUGUCCCAGUCUCUGCAGCAGCUUCACCCUAUAUAAACCAACAUCUGGGCUCAUAGGUGACUCUUUAUUCCACUUCUCUCCUCAGCUGAAGGCCGUUCACGAGCAGCUGGCUGUUCUGUCGCAGGCCCCAGUAAGUAAACCAAAGAAAACGGAGAAAAAGCAAAAAGAUAAGAAGAAGGACAAAGACAAAGCCAACAAGGGGAAGGCUGAUGACGAGAAGAAGCCCAAGUCGACACAGCAAGCCAAGCCAGCUAAUCCGAAGAAGGCUCCAGCCCGGAAACCAAACCGCACGGUGGCGGCUACCAGGUACUACUGCCCAGUCUUAUCAUACAGUGCCUUGAGAAAGUAUUCACACGCCUUGACUUUUUCCCCAAAAAAUUGUGUUACAGCCUGAAUUUAAAAUGGAUUAAAUUUAGAUUUUGUGCCACUGGCCUACACACAAUACCCCAAAAUGUGAAAGUGGAAUUAUGUUUUUAGAAAUGUUUACAAAUUAAUUAAAAAUGAUAAGCUGAAAUGUCUUGAGUCAAUAAUUAUUUAACUCCUUUGUUAUGGCAAGCAUAAAUAGGUUCAGGAGUAAAAAUUAACUCUGUGUGCAAUAAUAGUGUUUAACAAGAUUUUUUCAUCUCUGUACCCCACACAUACAGUUAUCUGUAAGGUCCCUCAGUCGCGGAGUGAAUUUCAAACACCGAUUUAACCACAAAGACCAAUGCCUCGCAAAGAAGGGCACCUAUUGGUAGAUGGGUAAAGAUGUAAAAAGCAGACAAUGAAAAUCCCUUUGAGCAUGGUGAAGUGAAUUACACUUUUGAUGGUGUUUCAAAACACCCAGUCACUACAAAGAUACAGGCGUCCUUCUUAACUCAGUUACCGGAGAAGAAGGAAGCCGCUCAGGGAUUUCACCAUGAGGCCAAUGGUGACUUUAAAACAGUUACGGAGUUUAAUGGCUGUGAUAGGAGAAAACUGAGGAUGGAUCAACAACAUUGUAGUUACUCCAGAAUAAUAACCUAAAAUGACAAAGUGAAAAGAAGGAAACCUGUGCAGAAUAAUAAAUAUUCCAAAACAUGCAUCCUGUUUGUAAUAAGGCACUAAAGUAAAACUGGCAAAAAAAACUGGCAAAGAAAUUAACUUUAUGUCCUGAAUACAAAGCGUUAUGUUCGGGGCCAACACAACACAUCACUGAGUACCACACUUCAUAUUUCCAAGCAUGGUAGUGGCUGCAUUAUGUAAUGGGUAUGAAGAAUCAAAUUGUAUUUGCCGCAUGCACCGAAUACAACAGGUGUACACCUUACAGUGAAAUGAUUACUUACAAGCCCUUAACCAACAAUGCAGUUUUAAGAAAAAUAUGUUGAGUAAAAAAUAGAUAAGUAAAAUAAAAUAAUAAAGAGCAGCAGUAAAAUAAAAUAACAGUAGCGAGGCUAUAUACAGGGGGUACCGGUACAGAGUCAAUGUACGUGGGCACAGGUUAGUCAAGGUAAUUUAGGUAAUAUGUACAUGUGGGUAGAGUUAAAGUGACUAUGCAUAAAUAAUAAACAGAGAGUAGCAGCAGCGUAAAAGAGGGGGUGUGGUGGGGAUGAUUGUCAUCGGCAAGGACUAGGGAGUUUUUUGGGGGAUAAAAAUAAACGGAAUAGAGCUAAGCACAGGCAAGAUCCUCGAGGAAAACCUGGUUCAGUCUGCUUUCCAACAGACACUGGGAUACAUUCACCUUUCAGCAGGACAAUAACCUAUAACACAAGGCCAAAUAUACACUGGAGUUGCUUACCAAGACGACAUUGAAUAUUCCUGAGUGGCCUAGUUAGUUUUGACUUAAAUCGGCUUAAAUCUCUGGCAAGACUUGAAAAUGGCUGUCUAGCAAUGAUCAACAACCAACUUGACAGAGCAUGAAGAAUUUUGAAAAUAAUAAUAUACAAAUAUUGUACAAUCCAGGUGUGCAAAGCUCUUGUAGACUUACCCAGAAAGACUCACAGCUGUAAUCGCUGCCAAAGGUAAUUCUACCAUGUAUCGACUCUGGUGUGUAUACUUAUGUAAAUGAGAUUUCUGUAUUUCAUUUUCAAUACAUUUGCUACAAAUUCUAAAAACAUGGUUUCACUUUAUCAUUAUGCGGCAUUGUGUGUAAAUAAUAUUUAAUACAUUUUGAAUUCAGGCUGUAACACAAGAAAAUGUGGAAUAAGUCAAGGGGUAUGAAUACUAUCUGAAGGCACUGUAUCCGUUUCAUAAUUCAUCAAAAUUAAUUUGCUUAAAACUGCUGGUAACUUGAUCUUUUGGAUGAAUCAUCGUUACCCAUGCCACUUGUUGUAAUAGUGUGAUGCACUGCUGUGUUACACUUUGACUCGUAUCCCCUUGUAGCCUGAUCCAGACCUGUCAGUCUGUCACAAAUCAUCUGUACUUUACAUUUUUCUCAGUGCUAAUCUGAGCAUCCUGAGAGAGGCAAAACCUGUAGGCCUAACAAAGAUCUGACCAAAACAUUUUCAGGCAACCGAAGAAAGGGUCCAAGGUGGCGGCGGCAAACAACGAGUCUGAAGAGGAGCCGUCCCUUCCCAUGUCAUACGACGAGAAGCGCCAGCUCAGCCUGGACAUCAACCGUCUUCCGGGUGAGAAGUUGGGCAGGGUGGUCCACAUCAUCCAGUCCCGGGAGCCGUCGCUGCGUGACUCCAAUCCGGACGAGAUAGAGAUAGACUUUGAGACACUCAAGCCCUCUACCCUUCGUGAGCUCGAACGAUACGUCAAGUCCUGUUUGCAAAAAAAGCAGCGGAAACUUUUACGUAAGUUGUGA